AUGAAUGAUACAAACUGGAAACGUCAUCAAACUGCAUGCAAUGUUGCAAAACUAAAAAAUUCGAAAACUGUAACUAGUCUAUUGUCUUAUAUGACAAAAAAAAGAACUAUUGAUGAAGUGGACCCAUCUCUACCAACAAAAGAUACCACAAAAGAUGAAAUUAAAGCCGAUACUUCAAACUAUGGAUCUUCUGUUGCCCCAUUAAAUGUAUUGAAUACUAGCAAUGAUAAUACAAUAGUAGCAUCGAUUGAUUUGGUAACCAACUCAAUACCUUCUUGCAGUAAAAUGAAUGUAGUUGAUGAAUCGGCUAACAUAUUGUGUGGUGUCUGUUCUGAUGAGGAUCAUUGUAAUGAUUUAUCAACUGGAGAUGUUGAAGAUAUUGGUAACAUUGUCGAGCAGGACGUCAGGCAUUUUCAACAAUUUCCAAAUGAUCCAUCAAUAAUACUAGAUUCAAAAAUGUCCACAGAACAGUUUGCUUAUUUUGCUGCUUUACAACCGUGUCAACCUAAAGCAUGUGAGUUAAAAGGGUGUAUAUUUCCAACUAAAAUGCAAGGCAAAUGGUUGCGUUCUUUUCACGAGGAACAUUAUUAUAAAAAACUUCCAACUGGUGAAUUUGUUAAGCGAACUUGGAUUUCAUAUUCCCCAUCGCUAGAUAAAGUUUUCUGUAUUGUUUGCAAACAAUUUGGUAGAGAAGAUGCAAAAAGCCACCAACUAGCGCGGUUUGGUUCUGAUGAUUGGAGCCAUAUAUCAUUUAAGCUUAAAUCACAUGAAUCAAAUAGUGUGCAUUUAGAAUCAGAAAUUCGAAGAGCAAUGUUUGUAAGCAAUCAAAGAGUGGUUAGUACAAUUUUUGAAUCCUCAAACAGAAAUGUUGCUGAAAAUAGGGAAAUUGUUAGAGUAAUUUUUGAAAGUCUUAUCUACCUUGCUCGUCAAAAUAUAGCGUUUAGAGGCCAUGAUGAAUUGUGGACAUCAAAUAACCAAGGCAAUUUUAUUGAAUUGAUUAAACUUAUAUCAAAAUAUAAUCCAACACUUUCGUCUCACGUAUCAAAAAUUCAAAAUUCAAAAAAAAAAAAUCGAUUAACAUUUUUAUCCAAUCUAAGCCAAAAUAAUAUGUUCCAUGUUCUUGAUACUACAACAGAUGUUUCUAAUAUAGAGCAACUUUCAUUAGUAAUUAGGUUUAUAAAUGAAAAUGAAGAAGUUGAAGAAAGAUUAGUUGCUUUAGAAACGGUAUCAGAUGCAAGAGGUAUUGGUAUGUUUAACGUUUUGUGUAAUAUUUGUAAAAAAUAUGAAAUUGAUUGGGAAAAUCAACUGUGUGCACAAUCAUAUGAUGGGGCAUCGUCCAUGCAAGGCCAAUACUCUGGUGUUCGUGCAUAUAUUCAAGAAAAAAAUCCUCGAGCAAUAUAUGUCUGGUGUUUUUCUCAUAUUUUAAAUCUUGUUGUGGUGGACACUUGUGAUACAAGUAAAACUAUGAGACAUUUUUUUGGAGAUCUACAAUCAUCGAUAGCUUUUUUAAGAGCAAGAAAACGUACUGCAAUUUUUUUAAAUCAUCAAAAAAUAUGUUAUCCAGAAGAAAGAGUUUGUAGAAUGAAAAAUUUUUCUACUACCCGCUGGACGUCUCAUGGCCGUGCUUUGACAGUUAUAUUUGAAAAAUAUAAAGCACUUACUAAUACAUUAAAAGAGUUAUCAAACUCAAAUGAACGUGAUACUUCUUCAAUGGCAACAAAUUUAUUGUCUACUAUUUCUUCAUUCAAGUUUGUUACACAUUUGUUAUUAAUGAAAAAUAUCUUUAAGCACACAACUCCACUAUCCAUGUAUUUACAAUCGCAAUCAUUGGAUUUCAUCACUGCAUUAACUAUGGUUGAUAAUUGUGCUAGGAAAUUGUCUGAAUUAAGAAAUGAGCAACAGUUAGAUGUUUUAUUGGCUGAAGCCAACACGUUUUCCCUGGAAAAUGAACUGGAAGAAGUAUGGUUUCCAGAAAAACGGGUUCAGAGACGGAAAAAAAUGGCUGGAGAAAAAACCAAUGAUGAAAUAGUAUCAAAUGCCAAGGAUAAUUUUAAAAUACAAGUUUAUUUCACAGUCUUAGAUCAAAUAUGUACAUCUAUAACUAGCCGAUUUGAAGGAUCACGAGAAAUUUUAUCUGACUUGUCCCUUCUUUCAGUUGAUCGACUCAUUGCUACAAGUAAGGGAUGUCCAAUACCUGAAGAUAAUUUUGUGUAUCUUGAUAAGUGGAUUCCAAAUUUACAAAUUGAUCAAUUAAAAUUGGAGUAUUCGACUUUUGCAUCCAGUUUCCUUAAAUUGAAAUCAAAUAUAGUAAUUGAAAAAUUGCAUGAAAAGGUAAUAAUAAGUGAAUCAGAUGAGGAUACAAGUGUUGAUUUAGAUGAAGCUACAUCAGUCAGUAGUGAAAGGACAUUUUCUAAAUUAAAAUUGAUUAAGACUAGAAUUCGUUCAACAAUGGUACAAAAACGUCUUGACAGUUUGAUGCUCUUAUCAUGCGAAAAAGAUAUAUGGACACCGUUUAGUCAAUGCCUGCCGCAGCAGCAUCAGCAUCAUUAUCAUUAUACUAUUCUAACAUCGCCUUUUAACCAGCAGCAGGAUCAGCAACAACCACAGCAGCAGCAUCAUUAUUAUCAUUAUAAUAUUCAACCGUCGCCUUUUAACCAGCAACAGCAGCAACAGGAGCAGCAGCAACAGCAGCAGCAGCAUCACCAGCAACAAUUGCAGCAGCAUCAGCUUCAACAACAGCAACAACAACAAAUGUUUCAUAUGCCACAAGGUGGGCCACAAGGCCAAUGA